UAGCUGAAUCGACCGCACACGCCCAAACUUGACCAAUAGGAAGAAUAAGGAAUGUAUAAAUUUGAUAAGUAACUCUAUAGUGUAAACAUGCCGCAGAGAAAGAAAAAAAUAACUAAAAGGAUAACUCUUUAAUGGCUUCUGUUUCGUCCUCGUCUUCUUUUUCUGAUCGCCAUAGUUAUCAUGUGUUCCCUAGCUUCUGCGGGGAAGAUGUACGUAGAAACUUUCUAAGUCAUUUACACAAGGAGCUGCAACAUAAUGGAAUUGAUGCAUUUAAAGAUGGUGGAAUCAAGAGAAGUCGUUCCAUAUGGCCUGAGCUUAAACAAGCUAUAUGGGAAUCAAAGAUUUUCAUUGUUGUUCUUUCCAAGAACUACGCUGGUUCGUGCUGGUGCUUAGACGAAUUGGUCGAGAUCAUGGAGUGCAGGGAAGUUGUUGGGAAGACAUUGGUGCCGAUUUUCUAUGAUGUGGAUCCAUCUAGUGUAAGAAAACAGACUGGAGAUUUUGGAAAGGCUUUUGACAAGAUUUGUGAUGUGAGAACAGAGGAAGAGAGGCAGAGAUGGAGGCAAGCUUUGACGAAUGUUGGUAAUAUUGCCGGCGAGUGCUCUUCGAAAUGGGACAAUGACGCCAAAAUGAUUGAAAAGAUCGUUGCUUAUGUUUCUGAAGAGCUAUUUUGCUUCACUUCUUCGACGGAUUUCGAAGAUUUACUUGGAUUGGAAGCUCAUGUUGCAAAUUUGAAAUCAAUGUUAGGUCUAGAGUCUAAUGAAGUGAAGAUGAUAGGUGUUUGGGGUCCUGCUGGAAUAGGGAAGACCACUAUCACGAGGAUUUUAUACAAUCAACUUUCUUCAUCUAAUGAUGACGACUUUCAAUUGUUCAUUUUCAUGGAGAAUGUUAAGGGAAGCUAUAGGAGAAAGGAAAUCGAUGGUUAUAGCAUGAAGUUGCAUUUACGAGAAAGGUUUCUCUCUGAAAUUACCACCCAAAGAAAGAUAAAGGUAAGCCAUUUAGGUGUAGCACAAGAAAGGCUAAAGAAUCAGAAAGCUCUUAUUGUUCUUGAUGAUGUUGAUGAACUGGAACAACUACGUGCCUUGGCAGAUCAAACUCAAUGGGUUGGUAAUGGAACCAGAAUUUUAGUUACUACAGAAGAUAGACAGCUUUUGAAGGCUCAUGGGAUUACUCAUGUAUAUGAAGUGGAUUAUCCAUCUAGAGAUGAAGCCUUAAAGAUCUUGUGUCAAUGUGCUUUCGGAAAAAACUCGGCACCAGAAGGAUACAAUGAUCUAGCUGUUGAAGUUGUGGAACUUGCAGGAUAUCUUCCUUUAGGUCUCAGCGUUUUAGGUGCAUCUUUGCGAGGGAUGAGUAAGAAAGAGUGGAUAAACGCUCUACCGCGACUUAGAACUAGUUUGAAUGGGAAAAUAGAGAAACUACUAAGAGUAUGUUAUGAAGGGUUAGAUGAGAAAGAUAAGGCUAUCUUUCUUCAUAUCGCGUGCUUAUUCAAUGGCAAGAAUGUUGAUCGUGUGAAGCUGUUGCUUGCUAAGAGUGCAUUGGAUGUAGAAUUUGGACUUAAAGUUCUUGUUGACAGAUCUCUUAUACACAUAGAUGCUGAUGGAUAUAUAGUCAUGCAUUGUUUGCUACAACAAUUGGGUAAAGAAAUCACUCGGGGACAGUGUCUCGACGAGCCCGGGAAACGUAAGUUUCUAGUUGAUUCUUUGGAGAUUUCAGAUGUUCUUGCAGAUGAAACCGGUACAGAAACUGUUUUAGGAAUAUCAUUAGAUAUGUCUGAAAUUGAAGAUCAAGUGUAUGUAAGUGAAAAAGCCUUUGAGAAAAUGCCUAAUCUCCAAUUCUUGUGGCUAUACAAGAAUUUCCCAGAUGAAGCAGUCAAGUUGUACUUACCUCACGGUUUGGAUUAUCUACCACGUAAACUUAGAUUACUACAUUGGGAUUCGUAUCCGAAAAAAUGUUUGCCUUCUAAGUUUCGACCCGAAUUUCUUGUGGAACUUACUAUGAGAGAUAGCAAGCUGGAGAAGCUCUGGGAAGGUAUUCAGCCACUGAAAAGCCUCAAGCGUAUGGAUCUGAGUGCAUCCACAAAGAUUAAAGAUAUUCCAAACCUAUCAAGAGCAACAAAUCUGGAGAAGUUGUAUCUUAGGUUCUGCAAAAAUUUGGUCAUAGUUCCUUCGUCUUGUCUACAGAAUCUUCAUAAGCUCAAAGUCUUGGACAUGUCUUGUUGCAUAAAACUGAAGAGUCUGCCAGACAACAUCAACUUGAAAUCCCUCAGUGUCCUUAAUAUGAGAGGAUGCUCGAAGCUGAAUAACUUUCCUUUGAUUUCAACGCAGAUUCAGUUCAUGUCUCUAGGCGAAACUGCGAUAGAGAAAGUGCCUUCAGUAAUCAAGUUAUGUUCUCGGCUUGUCUCAUUGGAGAUGGCGGGAUGUAAGAACCUUAAAACAUUACCAUAUUUGCCUGCAAGUAUAGAGAUCGUGGACAUAUAA